CUCCAGCCUCCCUCACAUUCACUUCAGUUCAGACCUCUGGACCCCCCCUGCUGCUCUCCUCCGUCUGCUGCGGGACCCGCUCUGCCUGUACUUCGUUCUCUGCCCAAAACUGAACUGGGACAUCGGAUCAGGACUUCAUUUUUCUGGGCCAUCCUUUCUGAAAGGGAGUCUGUGCCUUGCUCAAAGGCUGUUCCAGAGACAGAAAGCCAUCCAACACUGCAGACCUUUCUUCACACUGCAGCCGCUCUCCUCCACAUUUGAGAUCAGAGAAAAGCCUGAGAGUUUCUGCACUGAGCUCAUGGCGGACUGGAGCCUUCUGGGAAAUUUCCUGGAGGAAGUACAGGAGCAUUCGACCUCUGUGGGCAAAGUGUGGCUGACCAUCCUGUUUAUCUUCCGUAUUUUGGUUCUUGGGACGGCAGCUGAGUCAUCCUGGGGAGACGAGCAGGAAGAUUUCAACUGUGAUACUCUGCAGCCUGGCUGUGAGAACGUCUGUUACGACGAAGCCUUCCCUAUAGCACACAUACGAUUCUGGGUGCUCCAGAUUGUGUUUGUUUCCACGCCAAGUCUGAUCUACGUGGGCCAUGCCAUGCACAUUGUGCGCAGAGAGGAGAAGAGGAGGUCCAGACAGGAGGAUGACAGAGACGGGGGAGGGGAAGAGGAAGAUCAAGGAGGAGGAGGAAAAGUGGAAAGGAAAGGAGAAAAAGACGAGGAGAAAGGUGAAAGGCCACCCGUGGGCCGAAUACGGCUGAGAGGAGCGCUGCUCAAGACGUAUGUGCUGAGUAUCCUGAUCCGCAGCGUCAUGGAGGUUGUGUUUCUGUGUCUCCAGUACAUCAUGUACGGCAUUUUUCUGAAUCCUCUUUAUGUCUGCAAGGCCUGGCCUUGUCCACAUACAGUCAACUGUUAUGUGUCCAGACCUACUGAGAAAAACAUCUUCAUUGUGUUCAUGCUGGCUGUCUCAGCUGUCUCCCUGGUCCUGAGUGUGAUGGAGCUUCAUCAUUUGGCAUGGAAACACUGUUGCAGGUAUCUUCUCUGUAAGAGGGCUGCCUCUUCAGCUAACACCUCUUCACCACGACACCUCUCCAUGUCUCCACUUCCACCGUCCUCCCCACCUCCAGAUUUCAACCAGUGUGUGACGGGCUCUUCGCCCUUCCUGUCGCUCCCAUUCCCCAGCCACCUGCUGGUCCACCAGCAGAACUCUGAGAACACGGUCACAGAGAAGAACAAAAUAGUUGCUGCAGUGGAAGAGGCAAACUUCCUACAGAUGAGCUAUUACUCCCCUGAAUGGCAGAGUGCUCAAAAUGGUCAGAUCCAGGAUGGCGUUUACUUGAAGUCUGACUCUAAAUGCUACAGCCCUGAAAGCAGGGACAACAACUGCCUUCAGAUCCAGAACUGCAGCCCAGACGGGCUGCUGGUGAAGGACAAACGGCGCUUCAGCAAAGCCAGUGGCACGAGCAGCCGAACUAGAGCCGAUGAUCUCUCUGUUUAGAGAUGAAACACAGAUGAAUUUUUACAUGAGUUACACAUAAGAAUGCACAGACUUAUUUUUAGCUGCUUGCAAAACUUUCAGAUCCUUCUUGACAGAAAGGGAUACUCUUGUUUUUGCAGCCACAAUUGAUGGACUGAGAGAAUCUCUGUUGUUGUACAUCUAGAAAUGCCCUUAACAAAGUUUUACAUUUGAACAAAGUCAAUAGGCCCACUAUCCUGCAUGGAUACUGACUGAAGAGACGACGCUCCCAGUUCAUAGCCACUCCAGAAGAUUAAACACGAGCCAAGAUGAAUAAAAUCUCCAAACCAACAUUCUCACCCGGGUCAUGAAACAGACAGGAGUGAUUUAAAACAUUAAAGUCCUAACAAGAUGUGCGUUUUUUACCUUAACACUCAGCAAUCACAAUCAGUGUUGCUGGAUAGCUCAGUUGACUCAGUGUAGGAUCCCCAGAACCUGCAACAAGCUGAAAACCUAGGCCCCAUUUAGGUCCCAUAAAUUACUGGUGUACAUGUCUGAUGUCUGUCACUCACAGUCUGCAUCUUUUUCCAAGGAUCUAUGGAUAUCAUAAUAGUUUCAAACAUCUCUGCAUUUGGGUGGAGUCUGAAGCAUCACUGCUAGAACCUGGAUGGAAACAGAAGUGAAGUCUUCCUCUUUUUUUAAUGCUUUCUAUAAAAGGAAACUAUGAAUUGGAAGAGUGAAUUUUCUGUUGUCAGAAUCAUGAAACACUUGUGGUUUUAACUACUUCUGCAUGUUUUUCACAAACGGAUUAUUUAGAGGACAACUGGAUCAUUUUUCCACACUGAAAUAAAUGCACCUGGAUGAAA